AUGGCUAGUCUUGAUUGUGUUCAUAUCCUUUCUGAGGCCGCAUAUGGCUGUGAACUUGAGCUUGAUGGACUAAAAUAUGGAUCAGAACAUUUGGCUCCGAUCUUGAAAGAUACUCAAACUGCAACUGUGUUCAAAACUGGCUUUCGCAAGCAAUACGAGGCCCUGGCUCCGUACACCAAGCCUGAGCCGGUUGCUGUGCAGGCCACGGGCUUGCGCACUGUAUCAUCUCUGAAGCCCAAAUAUCAUUGUCUCUCCUGUUCCGAGGUUUGUCUGAAUACCAAAAGAAAGGCACACACCAAGAAGACGGGACAUGGCUUCUACAUAGAAUCACGCAAUCGCUUUCUCUUUUGUGAGGAAUGUGUGGACUUUGUCUAUGAUCAUGGUCUUGAGAGAUUUUGUGGACCUCAGGCCAAAGUUGAUUACACUAAAACUGCAUGGGUGUCUGAUCCAGCCGCAGAUGCGUAUGUAAAGCUUAACGCAAACAAGAAUCUUUGCUCCCGCCGAGGUGCUCGUGGUGUCUGGAACAUGGGCCAAACCUGCUAUCAAUCUGUUAUUCUCCAGGCCUUGCUUCACGACCCCACUCUCACUGCCUACUUUCUUGCAGGAGGCCAUGACAUCCACACCUGCGAGAAAAGCUUCUGUGUGGCCUGUGCUACUGCUGAAGUUUUCAUGGAUUUCAAUAGUGGCGAGAAGACCGAGGCUGUGUCAGCUGCUACUCUUCUGUAUCAUGGUUGGGACGCAUCACGAGACAUGGCCGGAUACCGUCAGCAGGAUGCCCACGAGUACUUCCAGUUCCUGGUCAACGCACUUCAUGCCUCCACCCCCGGCCACACCGAAAGCUAUGAUACCAAAUGCAACUGCUUCUUCCACCGAACCUUCUAUGGAGAACUCCGCAGCAGCGUCAUGUGCCACAAAUGCGGCAAGACCACCCACACUUGCGAUCCCAUGGCCGAUCUGAGUCUCGAUGUGCAGCUUCAAAGCAAGAAGCGAAAGCUGGGACCUCGUUUGAGCUCAAACACCGCUACUCUGACUGGUUGCUUGGAUAGCUUUACCGCAGUUGAGGACCUCUCCCCCGAUGCUUCUUACCACUGUGAGAAAUGCGGCAACACCCCUCAGCGGGCUUCUAAGCGGCUGCAAAUCCGCAAGCUUCCGGUCAUCCUUUGCAUGCAGCUCAAGCGUUAUGAGCACAACUCGUCUUCCUCGGAGAAGAUGCAUGGCCACAUUGAUUUCCCCGUGACCCUCAAUAUGCUGCCCUACACUACUGUUAAGAAGGAUAAAGAGCGUGUCGAUACUUCCAAGUAUAUCUAUGACCUGUCCACCGUUAUCGUUCACCAGGGCUCCAUGGACUCUGGUCACUAUUACGCGUACACCCGCUUGGCUGGUGACAAGUGGGUAUUGAUGGACGACAACAAGGUUACUGUGGCUAGUAUCGCCGAGGUUCUGCGUCAGGAUGCCUACCUCUUGUUUUAUGGUAUCCGAUCCAUCGGUACCGAGAAGAUCUAA